AUGUCCCGUUCUACAUUCCUGACGAAAUCGUCGUCGACUGAGGCCAAUGAGACGCAAAAUUAUCCUACAACAACAAACGCAAAUAUAGAUCGUACAAGUACUCUUCGUUUUCAUCAUCGUUUAAUGCCGACUAUUUCAACCAGUGGUCGAUCGAACGAAACAGUACCGGUUGUUGUAGUUCAAUCAUCCUCAUCAUUGACACCGACGACCAAUACAGAUACAACAAAGACAAAUUUUAUUCAACAUAAAUCUGUUGUACGUCUUAAUCCAAAAUUGAAAAGAAAUAUAAGAUGUACACGUCGAUCAACAGGCAUUCGGCCAGAUGAAGUUGCAUUAGCAGAAGCAACUAAUGACCCGAAUUUUAAUGAUGACGACGAAGAGGAAGACAAGCCAGUUACGUGCAAUAAAUUCAUCGCCCUCACUAGUAGCGAUCCCAGUGAAUUUUUCGAUUCUAAUCGAAAAAGUCCUCCAAAACCGGUGUUUAAAGUCAGUCGAGUGCCGCCAACAUUCGAUGACAAUACUCGUCCUUUGCUUGAAAAAUUAUCAAUUUCGCGUACAGAUCCUUUUAUGAUUGCAUCAUCAUCAUCGCCAUCAUCGCCACCAUCAAAUUCACAUCCUAGUCCGCCGACAAAAAUAUUUCGAACUGAAGAAUUUAUUCUUCGUCGGCAAUCCUCCGAAGAUGAUCCUGGAAGUAUAAAACGACGGCAAAUUGAAGAACGCGUUUGUAAACUUGAAUCUGUUAUUCGUGAUAAAGAUUCAAUUAUUCAUGAUUUACAGCGCCAACUUGAUAAAGCUACAAGAGAUUUAAAGGACGCCGAACAACAAAUCUAUAUAUUACAAAGAGAUAAAUUAGCAAUGAAAAAACAUUAG